CAUUUAGCCACCUUGAAGGCCCAGGGUCGUUCUCGCGAAACACAAGUCGCAUGAAGCCAACAUUUCCCAUCGCCAACCAUUGCGAACCGCCAUUCCCACAGGCCCUUUACAGAGCGCCUGCCUGCACGCGGUCAGGCUCGUAGUGUGUAGGCCAUUGCGAUCAUUCCUGUUCCUUGGAUUCUUGUCGCUCCUUUCAGCUCCGUUUUUGCAGUCCGGUAGUCAGCCUCCAGGCCCACACCCACUUACGCCAACCGUCGAUUCUCAUCUCUUGCCUAGCCGGUUUCUCGACGUCGUCGUCUUGUUCUGGUCGAACCAGAGGCCAUCGCGCCCGUCGCCGCCUUCCGUGCCGCCACCCCUUGCGACGCCGGGCCAUCUAUGCAUCCCGUUGCGACGCCGCUUAACCCCCGAGGCUAGCCGCCGCCCUCCCCCAGACAGAACGUCACCAUGGCGCGACCGCUCGGCCCCGUCCGCAUGAAGAAGACGAACCCGGUCACGCUAGUGAUCGGCUUCGUGCUCUGCAUAUUCAUCCUCUACUUCCUGGCCAGCCCCUCUGGCUCCGCCGUCACCUCCAAACUCCCCAUCCGGAAGAGCGAGCCGGCAUCACAUGCGCUCUCGCCCCCGACAUCUCCUUUCCGCAAGAAUGCCGCCUCGGGUCCCAAGAAUCCGCCGCCAGUGACCCGCUACCAGCUCAACAAUGUCACGACUACCCCUACCCCCAUCGAGAACCGUGAGCACGUUCUCAUCCUAACCCCCAUGGCCCGCUUCUACCAGGGCUACUGGGACAACCUGAUGCAGCUCAACUAUCCUCACGACCUCAUCAGCCUUGCCUUCAUCCUCCCCAAGAACAAGGAAGGGAACGCCGCCACCGUGGCGCUUCAGGCACAGGUGACCAAGACGCAACAGGGGUCCGAGGCCCAGCGCUUCAAGAGCGUCGCUAUCCUCCGCCAAGACUUUGAUGCGCCUCUCCAGUCGCAGGAUGAAGCGGAGCGCCACAAACUUGAGCACCAAAAGGCGCGGAGGGCCGCCAUGUCCAAGGCGCGCAACUCGGUGCUCUUCACUACCCUGGGUCCCGACAUCUCAUGGGUGCUGUGGCUGGACGCCGACAUCAUCGAGUCCCCUCCGUCGCUGAUCCAGGAUCUGGCCAAGCAUGACCAGGCCGUUAUCGCCCCCAACUGCUUCCAGCGCUACAAGGACGAGCAGGGCAAGAUGGCAGAGCGCCCUUACGACUUCAACAACUGGCAGGAUAGCGACAGGGCCCGCGAGCUCGCCGCCAAGAUGGGCCCGGACGAGAUUCUGGUCGAGGGCUACCAGGAGCUGGCCACCUACCGUGCCCUCAUGGCAUACAUGACCACCGAGGAUGGGCCGCACUACGAAAUCCCCCUAGAUGGCGUCGGCGGAACUGCCCUGCUUGUCAAGGCUGAGGUCCACCGCGAUGGUGCCAUGUUUCCGCCUUUCUCCUUUUACCACCUCAUCGAGACUGAGGGUUUCGCCAAGAUGGCGAAGAGGUUGGGCUGGCAAUCUGUCGGCCUUCCUAACUACAAGGUUUAUCAUUAUAACGAAUAAUAAUCGAGCCGGCGCCGAAGCGGUCACGACGGAUAUAUGCAGCCGCCGACGAUCUCAGAAAAGAGACGAAGAAGAUAUGGCAGCCAUGACAUUUUUGGGACCUAUAUCAGUGAUAUUAUGUGUGUUCAUAUCUGGCUAUGAUGAUGGCCAACCCCAGCGAAAAAGGGGGUUUCGUGUGUUUGUGCUUCCCCGAUGGGCACUUAAGAGGGCGAGCUCGAGACGAUCAUAUGCGUCUCCGCCAUUGUUGGGAGUUCUCAGUGAACGGUCGUCUCGUUCGCACACGGGGCCAAGAAAACACUAGUGGAAUGGUUUGGUUUUCAUGACCAUGUCCCGAGUACUCGUUCAUAUACGAGGCCAAGACGGCACUGGUGGGAUGGUUCGGUUUUCAUGACCAUGCCCUGAGUACUUGUUACAGUCACCUACCUAGAUGGGCGGGUAUUUAUUAUGAACACUACAUACAAAGGCGAGGGGUGAGGGUGAGGCAUUCGGUUGGCCUGAAUUAGAAAAGGCUACACCCCAAGGCGAAUGGCGUCAAACUAUGUUUUGUUCAUUUUAUUUUCCGGUUUACCAUUGCUUGUCGAUUCCAUAUCACAUCUACACCAGGUAGGUACCCAGGCGCCUCACUGCCUGUCUUGGGAUUCAAUUUCCCCUCACCAACAUUCUGGUGCCCAUUGUAUUAUACCGUUCGGUAUUGACGAAAACAUAGGUAUCCAUGGGUAUCCCCUAUUCUAUCACAGCUAUCGCUUAUCUACAUAUUCAGAGAGCAAUGGGACCGAAUGACGUAGUCCUCGUCUAACCCCCCAAACGCUGAUCUCAUACAAAGCAAGUCGAUGAUAUCAAAGGAACGCCUACUCGCUGUCGUUGGCGUCGUCGAGCGCUUCGUCCUCUUCCUCUGGGACAUCAGACCCGUCCUCGCCAUCCUCCCUCUCCUCCUCGCCCUCGUCCUCUUCUUCCUCUUCUUCCUCCUCGUCCUCUCCUUGCUCGUCGUCUUCGUCUUCCUCGUCUUCCUGCACUUCGUCCUCGUCCUCGUCCUCGCCUUCCUCGUCAUCAUCAACGUCCAUCCUGGACGAGGAAGCACCCGCGGCGACGGCUGCUCCUGUUGCGGCCGCCGCGCCUGCCGCCGCAAUCUUCUGCUUCUUGGAGCGUGGCGCCGAUGGCUCGUCGUCGGUUGCCGCCGAUUUGGUACUAGCCAUCGUGGUAUCGCCCUCCUCGCCGCCCGCGCUGAGCACGGAGGCGUCCGCCCCUGUCCCCUUCUUGGCGGCUGCGACCUUCUUCCGGUAUGAAGAGCGCUUUGAGGCCUGAGUCUGGUUGAAUUCUGUAGAAGAAAAAAGGAUCCUGGUUAGAAAAUUUGACAACAAAGUCACAUCCAUGCGCCGCGAUAUAUGCAUGGGCUCCGGA